GAAGACACAGGAAGAACGCAUAUCCGCCCCUUUACGAGUUCACACACCAUCUCAACUACAUUUCCCAGAAAUCCCUACCCACUUUUAGAACUAUUCUCCGCGAAAAUGGAUUUUGGGAAUUGUAGUUUAAACUGACCGUGUCAGCUUGUUGCCUGACGUCUGUACGAGCAUUAUACAUGAGGAUCUCUGCAGAGGGAAGUCCAUCAUAGACAUGAAAAUAGAGGCCAGGCGUGUUUGAGGUUUUGGAAACAUGUCCAAGAAAAGGGGCAGCAGGAAGCGCAGCAGCGGCGAGCUGAGCGACAGUCUCACCCCAGAUCCCAACAACCUGCUGGGCCGACGGAUCCAGCACAGCUGGAGGGAGAAGGGCGCGCUGACCAAGUGGAAGGGCACCGUGCUGGACCGCCUCAGCGUCAACUCCUCCCUGUUCAUGGUCAAGUACGACGGAUUCGACUGCGUCUAUGGCAUCGAGCUCUUUAAGGACGAGAGGGUCUCCAACCUGCAAGUUCUCACUGAGAAAGUGGUGAACAACAAGAUCAAGGUUCCUCACGACGCAGAGGAGCUGGUGGGAAAAGCCGUGGAGCAUCUGUUUGAGAAGGAGGACGGAGAGAAGAAUGAGUGGAGGGGGAUGGUCCUGUCCCGAGCGCCCAUCAUGACCAACUGGUACUACAUCACAUAUGAGAAGGACCCCGUGCUCUACAUGUACCAGCUCUGGGACGAUUACAAAGACGGAGACCUCCGGAUUUUACCUGAAGCAGAGAAUAAACACCUUCUGCCCGCAGACAGGAAGCCCGGUGAGGAAACAGAGAGCCUUGUGGGUAAGCAGGUGGAGUAUGUGACGGAUAAAGGUGUGAAAAGAACAGGCCUCGUCAUCUACCAAGUUCCCGCCAAGCCGUCCGUCUACUACAUCAAAUAUGAUGAUGAUUUCCACAUCCACGUGUACGACCUGGUCAAGACCACCUAAAAAAACAGACAAAACAAGACAUAGAAACCCAAAAACAAACCCACACUGCUUCACCUCCUCAUAGCUUAAGCAUCAUGGCCUCUUAUUGUACAGUCUGUCAUGCCUCGCCAUGAAGGGCUGGCCGCCGAGGUGCUGUAUGAAGCGUCCAUGUACAGGGUUCGUAUUUUGUGUUGAUGUCGCAGCUUAGGGAGACGAUUUUUACAACUGUCAUAUCGAAACAGUGUAUUUAUACGUGUGUGUUGGGCAUCAUUUGGUAUGUUUAUAAUGCCAUGGAAUAGCUUCCAUUCACCAUAAACCAUGCUAAAGGUUGCAUUUUUGUAUGUACGAAUGUUCAAGGAGUUUCUUGGUUUUGAAUUGUAAAUAGUUCUGACUGCAGGUCCAAAAAAACAUUUGAUUACAAAUCAUACAGUGAGACUCUUUAACUGACCUAUUUAUUGAAUUAAUAUGCUUCAUAACCCAGAAAUGCUGUUGAAACUUUUUGAGUUGGCGUUAUGUGACACACAUUUUGGCUCUUUUAGUUGUGCCCCCCCCCCCCACAUCAGAUCACAUCUGCAAUGAAACAGAAGUGUUUCAGCUUUCCGCCAUCUUCAAAAGGUGGUUCAUUAUUUUAAAAGCAAGAAUCUGGUUGUUAAAGGCACCAUACUAGGACUCAGUCUUGUUAUAUAGCAUAGAGGAAGCACGAUUGACGCUUUUUGAAAUGGUUUUCUGUAAAGAUUUAUCCUCGGAGGAGUAUUGAAUACAGAAGUCCAGACACUGAGCGAUAUGAGUGUCAUUAAAGAGGGUCGCCCGCUUUGUCCUGUCUGAAAUCAUUAUUGCUUUAUUAUUUUUUUGUUGACUAAAGCACUUAUUUCUAAACACCAAACCAACCAGCUGCGAUUUUGAAUCUCAAGCACAGCAAAAAUCAAAGCCUUUUGAUUGUAGUAAAUAUGACCAAUGCAAUUGUCAUUGCUCAACAAUAUCUAACAUUUAUUGGAAAAAUUAGAGUUUGUUACGUAGCCCAGUU